CUCCCAAUUUCCUACUCAACUCCCCCUCGCUACUCCGUCUCCAGGCCUACCAAGACCGAGGGCUCGAUUGCAGCUAUGUACGUAGACGUAGCCUAGACGGUCGGUAGCAGAGCCAACCAGUGUUCGAUAUUGAGAAGAAUGGACAGCGCGGCCCCUGCGCAGUCGGCUAGGCCCGUUCAGCCAACUCCACAGAAGUUGAGAGUGCCCAGAACGCCUCUGGAGUCCCGACAGGGCUAUCACCCCAAGAUGGAUGAAGAACUGAUGUGGCGGAGUCCUCCCUCGCGGCAACUGAGCCGAGAAAAGAGAGUCGAAUACGAGAGUGACGUCAGAGAGCGGUUCUAUGACGACUACAUUGGGGCCAGGACAACUGGAGAUGCAAGAAACGAAGUGCUGACCACAAGUGAAUUGAGUAAACUCAAGUACGACCCUGCAAUCUACAGAGCUAAUGCCCUACAAGGCCUGGUAUAUGACCCUGCAAGAGUGGUACCACGAGGGGUGGAUCUGGGGAGGGCUCUGAGGGAAGAGAAGGUCUACAGUCGACAGAGAGAGAUUGAGCAACACCGUCAACGCAGAAUGUCAGACUCCAGCCUGAAAGUGACCCCACAGCAACUGGGUUAUCUUCAGCACUUUGAUUCCUCUCCUACUAGAAGACUCUCUGGAGUCGGUACUCUACCAGCUAUACCUGUUCCAGCACAAGCAAACAGGCCUAGAUCAGCACUUCAGAAAACUCUAGACGAUAGCCUCAACCCUGAAGUGGUACCAGCCGUUGAAACUUGGUUCACCUCAGCCACCAAUGAAGAUAAAGAGAUUGCAGAGAAGUUCUUCAGGACUCUCAGUUCCCACGGAAAGAGGCCGGAUCCAGCGUCUCGAGCUGCCCUCCACAGAUCGCGGGCCAGAUCUGCCGUCAUGACUCCGUCUCGCAAACAGAGGCAGGAGCGAGAGAUACAGUCCCUCUACAAGCAAAUGUCCAGAGAAACUGGGAUUGAGGGAAGGGCCGGUGGUGGGGCUGGCAGGAUGAGCGACAAGGAGACGUCUCCCUCCCACACAUCUCGUUACCGGAGGUCCAGCUCCACUACCGAGAAAGGCGGCGGCGCGGCCAAGGGAGGCAUGUUCACCACCAGUCAGCGCCAGCAGCCGUCUCACUUCACCGUCCAUCCCGACUGGGCCUCUGAAUACUCCGGACUGCAGCAGCACUCCCGCAGAAAGUAA